GCACCCUGAAGGCCCGGCAAUGGCGGCGCCCGAAGAGCAGCUUAGGAGGAGGAAAGCUGCAGGCACUGGCCAGGACCCUGGGUCUCCGCCGGGGCCAGGGCACAAGCCCGCGGGCUGCAAGGCCCGCCUCCGGGCGGGCACCUUCUGGCUGACCAGGAUCGUGCUCCUGAGGGCCCUCGCUUUCAUUUACUUUGUGGCAUUCUUGGUGGCUUUUCAUCAGAACAAGCAGCUGAUUGGAGACAGAGGACUGCUGCCCUGCAAACUAUAUCUGAAGAGCGUGCAGCAGCACUUCCAGGGGCAGGUUGGCUGGGACGCGGUGAGCUACGCCCCGACCAUCCUCUGGCUGCUGGACUGGUCACACAUGGACUCCAACCUGGACGCCCUCGCGCUGCUUGGGUUGGGCAUCUCAUCUUUCAUCCUGGUCACCGGUUGUGCCAAUAUGAUUCUCAUGGCUGCGCUCUGGGUCCUUUACAUGUCCCUAGUCAAUGUGGGACAGAUCUGGUAAGUAGGAAGAACGGGGCACAUGUGAGCUAGAUGUGCUGUAAC